CUCUUUUAAGGCAUAGUCCUUGAGUCUUCGACAAAUUUGUCAACCAUUCUUUUAUUCGACAGUUUUUGACAAGCUCUUUAAACAUUCUUUUACGUGACAACUCUUGUCGAAUCUCUCAGCAACCAACAUCGGUUUGAUUCAAAUAAUCCUCCUUCAAGCUUAAAAACCAACCACAAAAUGCACUGCCUUUCCCUUCUUCUAAUUGUGGCUCCUGUUGCCGUUCUCGGCAGCAACGUCACCAUGGGUAGGGGUACGACCGGUGGAAAAUGCUGCGAUAAUGGCGUCGAUGACGAUUCUGGCGUCUGCGCAAAGAUGGGCAUGAACUCCUAUGGUUGCACGGAUGUGGACAAUUCCAAAGGACAUGGCUGCGAUAAACUGCCAUCCUGGCCGAUUGGACGCGAGGUCAAAUACUUCGUCGCUGGCAGCAAUGUAACGCACACCAAUCCGGAGAACUACGACAUUGAGCUUGGAUACAUUGGAUGUGCGGAGUAGUGGAAUAAUGAGGCUUAAGAGGGGAGCAUUAAGCGCUGGAAUUAAACUAGAAUUCGCUGUUUACUCAACAAGAUUGAUGGCAUUGCCGUAAUUGGUUACGAAACCCCCUAAAUUUGUGUAUUUUAAUUAGGUUCCCAGCUGG